AUGAUAACCAGCCAACUCUCUGUCUUCUUCAUGAUCAUCUAUAUGCUUGAGUUCUUGACAAUAACUGGGCAGAGCAGCCUGAUUGUUGUAGCGCUGGGCAGAGAGUGGGUGCAGGCGCAAAGGCUGCCACCUGUGGACAUGAUUCUCACCAGCCUGAGCAUCUGCCGCUUCUUUCAACUGUGGUCAUCGAUGUUGUACAACUUUGGCUCCCACUUCCACCCUAACUACAAUUUUUUGUAUUUCGGGAUCAUCUGGGAAUUUACUAACAUCCUUUCCUUCUGGUUGACCAGCUUGCUUGCUGUCUUCUAUUGUGUGAAAAUCUCAUUCUUCAGCCACCCCAUCUUCCUCUGGCUGAAGUGGAGAAUUGUGAGAUUGGUUCCUCGGCUGUUGCUGGGCUCUCUGUUGAUUUCUUGUGUGUCUAUCAUCUUUUCAACUACUAGUUAUUACCUCAAUAUUCAAUUCAUCUCCAUGAAGCAUUUCCCUAGAAACAGCACCAUGCUUGAGAGACUUGAGGCAUUCCUGUGGGAUUUUUCCACACUGCAGAAAGUGGUUGUGUUGGUUAUUCCUUUCCUCCUGUUCCUGGCCUCCACAGUCUUGCUCAUGGCGUUAUUAUCCCGACAUCUGAAGCAGAUGAAAGACCUUCACACGGGCCGCUCCAACUCCAGCCUGGAAGCUCACUCUGCCGCCCUGAGGUCUCUUGCCGUCUUCCUCACCUUGUUCACCUUUUAUUUUCUGACCGUGCUCCUCUCCAUCUUGGAUGUCCUAUUUAAUAAAGAGUCCUGGUUCUGGGCCUGGGAAGCUAUCAUCUAUGCAUUAGUCUCUAUUCAUUCUACUUUACUAAUGCUGAGCAGUGCCAAACUUAAAAGAGUUUUAAAGGCAAGGUGCUGGAGCCUAGAAGCUUCCUGA